AUGGAUAGACUUGCAGUGGGUACUGGAGGCUACCCUCACGACACCGACGCCGACGCCGACGAUCUCCGCGGUGCAGCCGAGGAGGCCAGUCAGCAUGCUGGCGACUCUGGCGACAGCGAUCUCUUCUCGAGCAUCUUGAAUGUCGUUGGCAACAAGAGGCAAGCACUAGCAAGCGAGGACGUGGAUGAGGACGAGACUAUCGAGCAGCACAGACGUGUCUACAACGGCAAUGGUGGCCACCAGGUCGACAGCAGUAGCCUGGGUUCCGCGGCAGCACUGCAAGCUCUCAAGGUGAUGAUUGGAGAGUCUCUGAAGGCCCAUGGUUCUCAGACAAACUAUGUGGCCUUAGCCAUGGCAGAGGCCACACCGACACCUGCCUGCUCUCGUCUGUGGACUGCCUGGACUCUGGAAGCAUUCGACCGUGCCGACGACGACGCCAACAAGAAGACCACAAAAUCUCGACAUCAACAAACACAACCACCACCCUUCGGCACAACAAUGUCGCCAGCCAAGCAGCCCCAGCCACCGCCGUCCUACGAGGCCCUCUCCAUCACCGAGAUCUCCUUCAAGCAUGUCCCCGCCGGCGCCCCAACCGCAACGCGCACAAUCAUCCUGCGCCUCGACCGCCCGUCCGCGAACAAUGCCUUUACCGACACCAUGGUCGGCACCCUGGUCGACGCCUUCAACACGCUCUCCUCCGACCCCCGCGUCAAGUGCAUCGUCUUCACCUCGGCCGACGCCCGCAACAAGAUCUUCUGCCCGGGGAUGGACCUCAAUGGCGCCACGGCGUCACAAGAAAAGGGCCAGACGGCAGGCGGCCGGGCCAGCACCGCCGGGCAGACGCAACCGCCGCCGCCGCCGCCCAACCCAGCCUCCCGCGCCGAGGUCGCCGCCGCGCGGGCCGCGCACCGCGACGGCGGCGCCCAGGUCAGCCUGGCCAUCUACAACUGCGCCAAGCCCGUCAUCUGCGCGAUCAACGGGCACGCGGUGGGCGUGGGCAUCACCAUGACGCUGCCGUGCAACCUGCGCGUCGUGUCCGAGGACGCAAAAGUUGGCUUCGUCUUUGCCCGCCGCGCCUUCAACAUGGAGGCCUGCUCGUCCUUCUUCCUGCCCCGCCUACUGGGCAUGGGGAAAGCCCUGGCCGUGUGCACCACGGGCGCCGUCUACAGCGCCUCGGACCCUUAUGUGCGCGACCUGUUCGCCGAGAUUGUCCCCGCCGGCCGGGUCGUCGCCCGCGCCGUCGAGCUCGCCGAGGAGAUUGCCGGCAGGACGUCCAUCGUGGCGAGCCGCGCCAUGAAGGACCUCAUCUACCGCGGCGCGGCCAGCCCCGAGGAGGCCUACCUGCUCGAGAGCCGCGUCUUCUACGACCUGUUCAACGGCAAGGACAGCAAGGAAGGGAUCGCGAGCUUCCUGCAGAAGCGGGAGCCCGAGUUCAAGGCGGUCUGGGAGGAGGACCGGCCGACGAACUGGCCCUGGUGGGACGCCGAGAAGCUCACAACUAGCGUAUAUUUGCAUGCGCCCAUGUGCUAUUACCAACAUUAUUCAAUAUACGAAAACAGGCCCACUGGGCUUUUGAGAAGGCAGAAAGAGUAUGAUGCCUCGUGGCUUGCAAAGAAGGUCAACUGCAUCUUUGUUUGGCAAUACACGCUCAAGCCCGGCGAUGUCCAGGGGUGAAUCCGACAAAAGAGAACUCGUAUCGUGGUACAAGUACGUCAAAACGCAAGUCAUUCAUCUAAAUCACCCAGUGGUAAAUGCUCUGGCUUUGGACCGAUCUGACCUGCCUUAGCGAAAGAGACACAAAGACACACAACCUCGUGCCACCGCCAGCGGAAAGGAGCAGAAUUAGAUGAAAAUGUCCUAAAGCAAUGCACACCAUCUGCCACCUGCGUAAACGCUGCUAUUUUGUUGCCUGAAAAUGAGUAAGCAGCCUGGCCCAACCCGGUAAAUGCACCGUCCCAAUAUAUCAUCCUUGGUAUCUCAUGUUACAAGCAUUUAAGAAAGACGGACGUCCCUCCUGCCGGUCACCGAGGGCGAGACCUAUGCUUCCAGGGCAUCACUCUAACGCUCUACUUCCUCUACCACAGCCAU